AACAAUGGAUACACGUCAAAUGAUCGUUAUAUUUUCUUCUUUGGUUCUCACGCAAAUGACCCUAGGAAACAUUGAUGAGUUUGAUUGUGUUGAUAUAUACAAACAACCCGCUUUUCAACAUCCAUUGUUGAAACACCACAAGAUUCCGGAAAAAUUCAUUUCAAAUAAAAGUUUUGAUAGAAAAAGUAAAUAUAAAACAACUGAUCAAAGUUGUCCAAAAGGAACCGUGGCAAUCUUAAGACAAAGAAGUGAAACUGAGAGUCUUCAUCUCGACACAGACGAUCAUUUCGGCCACCAUUUUGCGGUAAUGGACACAUAUCCGGAUGCGAGCAUCUAUCAAGGAGCACAAGCUGAUAUAAGUAUCCAUAACCUAACUUUACAAAAUAAUCAAUUAAGUAGAAGUCAAAUUUGGUUAGAGAAUGGACCUCCUGGAGAACUCAACAGCAUACAAGUUGGCUGGGCGGUGCAUCCAAGAUUGUAUGGAGACAGUGCCACACGAUUUACUAUUUAUUGGACUGCUGAUGGCUAUAAAACCACUGGAUGCUAUAAUACAAAUUGUCCUGGUUUUAUUAUUGUAACUCGAAAACCCUCGAUUGGAAGCAUUUUUAAACUAUCCUCCGUGUAUGGUGGUGAUAAAACAGUUAUUUUCACACCACACGUUUAUCAGGACGUCUUUACUCCAUGCUGGGCACUGAAAGUAGAUGACGAAAUGAUUGGAUAUUGGCCCGGAGAGCUAUUUACACACUUGAAAAAUGGAGCUUCUCGGGUGCGUUUUGGAGGAAACACAUAUAUAUCUCCAGAUGGGAUUAGUCCUCCAAUGGGAAAUGGUCAUUUUCCGCUUAAAGACUAUCAAAGGAGUUCGAGUUUUCUUCAUGUGAAGCUUACGAAUCAUAGGUAUCAGACAAUCGAAGCUAAAACAAUAUUAAGGAAUGCAGAUUCUAGGUGUUUUAGACUAAUGGACCGGCGUUACACCAAGGAGAACGGAAAGUCCUUUUCUUAUGGAGGAGCAGGUGGCAGAUGCGGUAUUUGAUGAUUUUAUAUAUGUACUGACCAAGACUAUCAAAUUUACAAAAGAAAUACGAACUAUUUUCAAUACUACAAAUCAUUUUAUUGUUACUAAAUCACAUUUAUGUUUCACGUUUUAAAUGAGAGAGUAUCAAUACAAAACAAACACGAGAAUAUUUAAGUUUUCCCUUUGUCCAGAAAACACUGCACUAUACAUAUAUAUUAAUAUUAUCCCGUCAUCGAACCAGAAUCAAUCACAAAACCUACAAAGUUUACAUUUACAAUCUAUGUCAAUGCUCCUUUGGUUUGUUCCCAGUUCCCUUCUUGAUUACAGAAGAACCAAGCUUUAGUCUCGUUCUUUCACACAAAGUUUUGACAUGUAAACAUCAUUAAAGCUGCUAAGACAUAGAACAGAGGAUAAGCUACUACAAACACAUGGCAAUGUUUCUCAAGGAAGAACUAAACAACUUGGUGAUAAAAAAAAUUAGAAUUCUUUUACUUGGGGAAAGAAAUCUGGGUCCAUCUAAAUUAAUGAAAUGAAUUAUGUUCAUAUAAAUGUAUAUUCUCAUUUGUAAAGUGACAAAACUAACACAAUAAAUAGUAAAAAAACUCUCAUCCUCAUGUUUUCUCUCUACUUUCCAUAGAUUUGAUACAAGUUUUGGUUUCCGCCCAUUUUUACGGCUCUUAUAUAUUAUCUGAGUAAAAGUACUUAUUACGUCUUAUAAAAACAAAAACAAAAGAAAUUGAAGACAAAAACACACAAAAAAAAAAC